GGGAAUGUAGCAAUUUGACCCCGACGAAGGAGGACGACGCAUAAGCAAUAUUUUUUUGUUGAAUUUCGCGAGUAAACAUCUAUAUUUUGGGCGAUUUUAGCAUGGAAGCUGUUGCUAAAUUUCAAUUCAAGGCCACGGCAGAUGAUGAAUUGUCCUUUGAGAAGGGAUCGAUCGUAAAAGUUUUGAAUACCGAAAAUGACGAGAAUUGGUAUAAAGCAGAGUUGAAUGGUCGGGAUGGAUUUAUUCCCGCUACAUAUAUCGAGAUGAGACCUCACGAUUGGUAUCAUGGCAAGAUUUCGAGAAAUAACGCUGAAGAGCUUUUAAAACAGCAAACACAUGAUGGAGCAUUCUUGAUUAGAGAUUCUGAACGAAGUCCAGGUGACUUUUCGUUAUCAGUAAGGUAUAAUAAUGCUGUACAACAUUUCAAAGUUCUUCGAGACGGUGCUGGGAAAUAUUUCUUGUGGGUUGUAAAGUUUAAUUCAUUGAACGAACUCGUGGACUAUCAUCGCACCUCGUCCGUUAGCCGAACUCAGCAGAUAUUCUUACGCGAUAUGACUAAGGCCGGUUCCGGUAAGACAAUGGUUAAAGCGUUAUUCGACUUCACUCCUCAAGAGGAAGGCGAACUCGCAUUUAAAAGAGGUGAUACAAUCGAGGUGGUUGAAAAAGACGACCCUAACUGGUGGAAAGGAAAACUUGGCGGUCAUGAAGGACUAUUUCCCUCAAACUAUGUGGAAGAGCAGAAAUGAUUACCCCCUGAUGUGUAUAUAUAUUGCAACAUUUGCCAGGAAUCACGAAGCUCCCUCUGCGGGGUUUACGGAGAGAGCAUGUUUUAAAACAGACUAGCAAAGAAUAAAUAAAUUAAAAAGUCAAAUUGGGACAUGUUUACAUAUAUAGUUAUAAGUAGUUUACUUCAAGAGGUCGUGGCAGAAAUGUCCUCUCGUUGCUUCGGAUUUGCAAAAUACUUUUAUAUUUGUUCUCUCCUAUGUUAAGAAAUGUUUUAGAGACCUUUAGCUUGGCGUUUAGCCACACUUUACACCACAAAUUUUUAAGUCUAUAGAAAAUUGGUGCAUUGUUGAAACAAACCAUAACUUAUUCUGAGAAAAAUUACGACUGGGAAAGUGCCAAAUAUCUACUUUCAAAUGUGACUUGAAAUUUGUAUAGGCUAGAGGUCUCUAAUGAAAAGUUUAUUUUAAGAUAAAUUUUGUGUACAUCAAAGGGAAUCAAAAGUAUUGACAUAAAGGAAGGACAGAAUAUCGAGAAAACUAGUUAUAUAUUAUAGUUUUAUUAUUAUUAUCUUUUGCAUAGGAACUUUAAAUUUGUUUCCACACAGUGUUUGUCCCUGAGCAAACAUUCGUUGUAAUUUCUAGAAAUGAAUGCGUCAGACCCAAAAGGUCAUGUAGGCGACCAGAUAUUUACCACAAAUUAUUGAGAUAUGCUCGAUUUUUCGUUAAACGUAUUCAUCCACUUUUGGGUACAAAUGCUGGGUUGAAACGAUUUCGUUAUGUGUGAUUUUUACCGCUAUUCAUUCUCUGCUCUAUCAACAACGGUGCAUGUUUUAAACUAUAAUUCCUUUAUUUAACGAUUAGCAAUGAUGAACUGUGAAAUAGCAAAUAAAAUAUAUUACCCAGUCAGCAAUGCCAUUGGAUUUUACUUCUUAAGAGAGGGUUGUAUGCGCUUUGCUAUGGUAGACAGUAGAUAUAGGAUAUUACACGGUUGCGAGUCAGUAUGGAUUUCAUGUUCGUGUGGCAAAAUCAAUAUCUCGCGAGUGAGUGCCACUGAGCUAUAAUAUA